ACCUCUCUUGGCUGUUGGAAGAAGAGGAGAAGGUAACAAGAAAGGAUGAGCGAGACCAACUCGUUCAUGGUGUGCGGAAGCCGUUUCGACAUCUCGGUCAACUAUGCGCUGAUUAAGCCGAUCGGGCAGGGAGCGUACGGCAUUGUGUGCGCGGCCAAGGACGUGACGGACGGAAACAAAGUGGCGAUCAAGAAGGUGGGCAAGGUGUUCGACCAUGAGACAGACGCGAAGCGAACGCUCCGCGAGGUCAAGAUUCUGCGGCACUUUGACCACGAGAACAUCAUUGCACUGUACGAUUUGAUGCCGCCGCCGUCGCGCGAGGCAUUUGAGGACCUGUACAUGGUGACCGAGCUGAUGGACACCGACCUGCACCAGAUCAUCGGCUCGAACCAGCCGCUGUCCGAGGAGCAUGCGCAGUACUUUGUGUACCAGAUCCUCCGCGGACUCAAGUACAUCCACUCUGCGCACGUCCUCCACCGCGAUCUGAAGCCAUCGAACCUGCUGGUCAACGCCAACUGUGACCUCAAGAUCUGCGACUUUGGCCUUGCGCGAGUGGCGGAUCCUGACGAGAACCAUGCCGGGUUUAUGACCGAGUACGUGGCGACACGGUGGUACCGGGCACCGGAGAUCAUGCUCUCGUGGAAGCAGUACACCAAGGCGGUCGACCUGUGGUCGGUCGGCUGCAUCUUUGCCGAGCUCCUGCAGCGCCGCCCGCUUCUUCCAGGCCGUGACUACAUCGACCAGAUUACCAAGAUCAUCGACCUGCUCGGCACGCCUUCGGAGGACGACAUUGCCGCUAUCCAGUCGGACAAGGCGCGCCGGUAUGUCAAGUCGCUGCCGCACCGCGAGCUUAUUCCGUUUGCACAGCAGUUCCCCGACGCCUCGCCCGAGGCGCUUGACCUGCUCCAGGGCCUGCUGACCUUUAACCCUGCCAAGCGUCUGACCGUUGAGGAGGCGCUGGCCCAUCCGUACCUCGCCGCACUCCACGAUCCCGACGACGAGCCGUCAGCCGAGGCCAUCUUUGACUUUGCCUUUGAGCGCGAGCAGCUCAACAAGGAGCGCCUCCGCGACCUUCUCUUUGAAGAGAUCUGCGCUCACCACCCUGAGAUUGCCGAGGGCCAGAGCGCCAACGGUAUGGCCACCAUGGACAUGGAGUAGCCAAUUGCAUGUUAAUUCCUCACUUGUCACGCUCUUGGUCACCCCAGCUGCAGGAUCGACGUCCGCAGCACACGCUGCGGCGAGCCGUCAGCAC